UCUCGUUGCCCGCAGCUUUUUCAGCUUGUUGCGAAAACGGAUGUUCAGCUGUAACAGUUACAGGCCCAUGUCUGCAAACCAACGACACACGGUCACAUUUCAACACAAAGUCCGCUUCACUCGAGCACCUCUUCUAGGUCAACACAAGCAGCAGCAAAGAUGGAGUGUGAGUGGAAGCCAGACGAGCAGGGACUUCAACAGAUAUUACAGCUCCUCAAAGAGUCGCAGUCUCCAGAUACGUCCACGCAGAGAUCCGUCCAACAAAGACUUGAGCAGCUGAACCAGUAUCCAGACUUUAACAACUAUUUGAUAUUCGUUUUGACCAAGUUAAAAUCAGAAGAUGAACCAACGCGGUCCCUGAGUGGGUUGAUACUGAAGAACAAUGUGAAAGCCCACUAUCAGAACUUCCCUAAUGGCGUGUCUGAUUUCAUCAAGAGCGAGUGCCUCCAAAACAUCGGAGACUCCUCCCCCCUCAUCCGGGCCACUGUGGGUAUCCUCAUCACCACCAUCGCCUCCAAGGGAGAGCUACAAAACUGGCCGGAGCUUUUACCUAAACUCUGCCUGCUGUUGGAUUCUGAGGACUACAACACAUGUGAGGGAGCGUUUGGAGCCCUGCAGAAGAUCUGUGAGGACUCUGCUGAGAUCCUGGACAGCGACAUACUGGAUCGUCCUCUGAACAUCAUGAUCCCCAAGUUCUUGCAGUUUUUUAAGCACAGCAGUCCGAAGAUAAGGUCUCACGCCAUCGCCUGCGUUAAUCAGUUCAUCAUCAGCAGGACUCAGGCUCUCAUGCUGCACAUCGACCCUUUCAUUGAGAACCUGUUUGCACUGGCGACAGAUGAGGAGCCAGAAGUGAGGAAGAAUGUGUGCAGGGCUCUCGUCAUGCUGCUGGAAGUCCGCCUCGACCGACUCCUGCCGCACAUGCAUAACAUCAUAGAGUACAUGUUACUGAGGACUCAGGACCAAGAUGAAAACGUUGCCUUGGAAGCCUGUGAGUUCUGGCUCACUCUGGCGGAGCAGCCUGUGUGCAAGGAAGUGUUGUGUGGACACCUCUCCCAGCUCACUCCGGUGCUUGUCAACGGGAUGAAGUACUCUGAGAUUGACAUAAUCCUGCUCAAGGGGGACAUCGAGGAAGAAGACGAGGCCAUUCCGGACAACGAGCAAGACAUCAGGCCGCGCUUCCAUCGCUCCCGCACAGUUGCCCAGCAGCAUGAGGGCGAUGGCAUCGAGGAAGACGAAGAUGACGACGAUGACAUGGAUGAUGACGAUGAUACCAUCUCUGAUUGGAACCUGCGUAAGUGUUCAGCUGCGGCGUUGGACGUGUUGGCCAACGUGUUCAGGGACGAUCUGCUGCUGCACAUUCUGCCGCUACUCAAAGAGCUGCUCUUCCAUCCAGAGUGGGUAGUUAAAGAGUCUGGCAUCCUAGUGCUGGGGGCUAUAGCUGAAGGCUGCAUGCAGGGCAUGAUCCCAUACCUGCCUGAGCUCAUUCCCCAUCUCGUCCAGUGUUUGUCUGACAAGAAGGCCCUGGUGCGUUCCAUCACCUGCUGGACGCUGAGUCGCUACGCCCACUGGGUUGUCAGCCAGCCCCCAGAUACUUACCUGAAGCCUCUAAUGACGGAGCUGCUCAAACGUAUUCUGGACAGCAACAAGCGUGUGCAGGAGGCUGCUUGCAGCGCCUUUGCCACUUUGGAGGAGGAGGCUUGUACAGAGCUGGUUCCCUACCUGGCAUUCAUCUUGGACACACUGGUGUUUGCCUUCAGCAAGUACCAGCACAAAAACCUGCUCAUUCUUUACGACGCCAUCGGAACACUUGCAGACUCAGUGGGACAUCAUCUCAAUAAACCGGAAUACAUCCAGAUGUUGAUGCCUCCGCUGAUCCAGAAAUGGAACCAGCUGAAAGAUGAAGACAAAGAUCUCUUCCCGUUAUUAGAAUGUCUGUCGUCUGUAGCCACCGCCCUGCAGAGUGGCUUCCUGCCCUACUGUGAGCCCGUGUACCAACGCUGUGUCAACCUGGUCCAGAAGACGCUUGCUCAGGCCAUGCUUUAUCAGUCACAGCCAGACCAGUAUGAGGCCCCUGACAAAGACUUCAUGAUCGUGGCUUUGGAUCUCCUCAGCGGACUGGCUGAGGGUUUGGGAGGCACCAUUGAAGAGCUGGUUGCUCGUAGCAACAUCCUCACCCUCAUGUACCAGUGCAUGCAGGACAAAAUGCCAGAAGUGCGUCAGAGUUCUUUUGCUCUGCUGGGGGAUUUAACCAAGGCUUGUUUCCAACACGUCAAACCAUGCAUCGCUGAUUUUAUGCCCAUACUGGGUACUAAUUUAAACCCAGAAUUAAUAUCAGUGUGCAACAAUGCAACAUGGGCAAUCGGAGAGAUAUCUAUACAAAUGGGGUCUGAAAUGCAGCCGUACAUUGCCAUGGUGCUGCACCAGCUGGUGGAGAUCAUUAACAGGCCCAAUACCCCAAAGACUCUACUGGAGAACACAGCAAUAACAAUUGGUCGUCUUGGUUACGUUUGUCCUCAAGAGGUGGCACCCAUGCUACAGCAGUUUAUAAGACCCUGGUGCACCUCUCUACGAAAUAUAAGAGACAAUGAGGAGAAAGACUCUGCGUUCAGAGGAAUUUGCACUAUGAUCAGUGUAAAUCCAGGAGGUGUAGUGCAGGAUUUUAUAUUCUUCUGCGACGCUGUGGCCUCCUGGGUAAAUCCAAAGGAUGAUCUUAGAGACAUGUUCUACAAGAUCCUUCACGGGUUUAAGAACCAGGUGGGAGAGGACAACUGGAGGCGCUUCUCAGAUCAGUUCCCCAUGCCACUGAAGGAACGGCUGGCAACCUUUUACGGGGUGUAACUGUUUCCGCAGCAGUGUGCCUCAUCACUGGGGUCAUUCAAUAUGGGAGACAAUAUAGGGAACCUCUUUUACCCAGGGAACAUGUUACCCUUUACUGGGGGGAAGGGUCUGCCUGCUGAGGGGAGGGAAGGGGUGCGGACCCCUCCCCGACCUGAAGGACGGGGUGGGAGGGAGGUGGUAGCUGCAGUGCUCAGUGCCCCCAUGCACAGGCAAGGGGGGAAAGGGACUGCCAGAACAACCUUAUCAUGGGAGGAAAAUUCAUCUUAUCACAUCUCAAUCAGAAAUAAUGAAACCUAUCACCUUUUUCUCUCCAUUUAUCCACCAAACAUCAUAUUUUCUGUUUCUGUUACCUGAACUACUGAAAGGAAAUGUAAGCAAAACAGAAAAACUUUGCAAAACUCUGCAAAGCAUUUGCUCUUUAAUUUGGGUUAGAUGAAGAGAUUGCACAUUGAAAAGGUGCAGAAACUGGUCUUUAGAGCAGAUUUAUUAUCAUGUCAGCCAGGUAAAUGGCGGCGGUAGUUCUCAACUCCACUGAAUUCUACCAGUAGAGUAGAAGACUGUUGAAGGUUCAUUAAGGAAUAGCAGUUGAUGCUAAGAAAAGCAUCAUAUUGGAUCCGACUCUGGAGAGUAUCAUUUUAUAAUGCUGCAUAUCACCAAGAUUAAGUUAUCGCCUAUAUCGUUUUCAGUGUUUCUAUUCUUUAUCAGGGCAAAAGCUGUCAAUAAUGUCACUGGAGAGCACAGGAUUUUACUUUUAGGAGCAGCUUUUCUGGGAAUAGGUAGCAUGCUUGUAUCAUUGUGAAAAGCUGUGGAACAUUAGUGGUGUGUGUUGCGUUUGACAGCAGUCAUUGCCCUGUGAUAAGGUUCUUCUUUGACCUUGUAAUUUAUCUAUUUACAGUACUUUUGUUUCCUCUACCAGAGAAUUACGGCAAUCGGCCGUAAUGUAGCAUGACUGGGUUUACACUGCGGGAUUUAGGAAAUGUGUUAAAUCUUGGCUGUGAUGUAACGUCGGGGGUGAAUCUCUCGGUUUGGUCUUGUGGCGUGAAUGUGACGUGGACAUUCAUCGGCGAGCAUAGUGAAGCUUUAGAAUGCUUACAAUCCUUUAUAUUGUCUGAGCCUUCAUGAAGGAGAAACACGUAGGAAGACACCACCAUGACACGAUACCUGUCUUAGUGAUUUUUGUGACUUUGGCUGUCCAUGAGAAUCAUGCAGUCCAUCGGAUGAAUGUUUAUUUCUCAAUGUACUGAAGUUUUCUUCUUGGUUGUUUGGCUUCUUGUGCUAAAAGCAUGAUCUUGAGGAUGACUGUGUAACGUUUUGGGGUGGUUGUGUUUUGUGGGGUACUUUCAUCUCUUGCAUGUUGGUGGCCCCUCACAGCCCAACACAUAGUGGGAUUACGGGAGGGAGGGAGGGGAGCUUCAAUUAAAGGUUUAAAAGUACAUCGUAACCAUUUAUGUAUCGCAACACUGGGACUUUUAUAACUUCACAUAAAUCUCGCUGGAGUGUUCUCCCUAAACUUUGACCCCCAUAGCUGGAUGUAUAGUUUUUAAAUACUGUGAAACUACAACAAUGUUAUUGUCUCUGGUUGUUUUGCGCUGUUAUAUUUUAUAAAAGUGUGUAAGUGUUUAAGUUACAGAUAGCCUGAAUGUAUUCCAUGAUGGGUUGGAGAGAUAGGAAUUUUUUAUUUUGUUUUUUACGCCCUGCCUGCCAGUCAUUUAUCCUCUGCCGGCCAGAGUAAUAACUGCAGUAUUUUAACCCUUUUGCGAUGCACUUAAAAUUGAAAUGGCAAGUGCUUGAAAUUAACGAUGUAGCCAAACCCUUCCGAAUAUGACCUUAGCGUUAACAGAUCACUAAUUAUUAUUGCUGCUAAAAAUGUAUUUACCUAAUGCAAUAAGUAUCUUGAUGCAACGGGGUUAUUAUUAGAUUGUGAAAAUACUUUAGUGUCUUAGAUAAACGUUCACAAUAUAAAAAUAUAUAUAACCGAUCUCUUAGAUUUAACAUUAAUGAGGUAAACAGUGAUUUAAUGCAUCAUGGAAUACAGAGGCAAAUACUUGUAUGUGCCACAUCAUUUUGUGUUUUGAGGUGAUUUUGUCUGUCACAUUCCAGCUGUUUGGCAUGCAAAAAAUGGAGUAAUCAUGGCUCGAUGGUGUGUAUGUGUGUGUGUGUGUGUGUGUGUGUGUGCACGGUCCUGUUAUUCUUUCAUUGAAAGAGUGUAGGUCUAUAAAACACAUGCGAAACAAUCCCCACCAUUACUGUGCUGUAUUUCUGACUUGACUGCUGCUAUACAUUGUAGUUGUGUUUCACUACUUGAAUACGUGUUUUCUAUGUGUUAACCUCAGGUUGUCUGUUGUUCAGUGUUAUUUGUUAUCAUUUCCCCGAACGUGUACGCCUUUAUGCAUCUCCUCUCGACAACUAAAGAUUAGUGAAACUCUCGCCCUUCAUAUUCAAAGUGGGUAACCAAUGGGUGUUAAUUGACGUUAAUGUUAUAUGUGUGCAACACUGCUAGCUGUCAAAUGUGAUUACAAUAGCAAGGCAGGGGGGGAAGAAUAAAAUGGUAACUUGCACAUACUUCAUGUACUAUUUGUCAAAAGUGAUUGUUAUCCGACUGCGGUAAAUAUUUAGUGUAAUGUGAAUGCCUUGAGAGCAAAUACUUUGAGGUUUUGUUGGUGUUUUGCAAUAGAUAUACUGUAUCUAAAGAAACAGGUAAUUUAAAAGCAAAGAAUUAGAUCGACAACUCAUAAAGAUGUUAUAAACAUAAAUUGCAAAAUAUAAGUUUGACUUUCUAUGAAGCUUUACUGAAAAUUUGUAUUUUAUAAAGCACCCACCAAUAUUAAGGAAUGUCUAGUCAAAGAAACUCCUGUAUUCUCAUUUAGCCUUCAAACUUGAUUAGACGAUCUGCCUUCAUCUUUUUUGCUAAUAAAAGCAAAAACAUCAUUUUGAUAGACAUGGUUUGAACUUUUUUUUUUUAAUAAGCUGCUGAAUUUUAAAAAAGUAAUACUUUUGGGGCCACCAAAUAUUUUGGAUCAUGCAAAGAAUCUAUAUUGUACUGUAGUAAUUUUGUAAUAUUUGUAAGAUGAUAUAGUGGAUGUGACUGGUUACCAUUGCUUGAAUCUGUACAUUGUUCCAAUAAAUUGUUUACAUUA